AUGGUUAAGCUGGAGUCAACAUCCAAUGCCAUUUGGUGGAUUAAAAAUCCCAAGAUGGCCAAUGAAAAUAAGUCCAAAGGUCGACGUAAGACAUCUCUGGGCACCGUAUUUUGCUUAGAUAUGGCGGAUUUGCUGAGGAAUAUAUCUCUGCAGGGAUACAAUAAGCUUUUAUCUCCGGACUUAACUUUAGGACAAAGAAUGAUUUGGCUGCUGCUUCAUUUGACCACCACCAUCUCCCUGGUGGUGGUGCUCUCGCUUACCUGGGAACAGUUCGUGGCCCAAUCCUUUGUGACCAAUCUAAAGGAUCCGCUUUAUCCGGUGGAAAACGUUCCCUUUCCUGCUGUUUCCAUAUGCCCCAACAAUCGCAUUUCUCGACAGGCGGUGAUUAGGUAUGCAGAAGAGCUGAGAUUAAACAGUCCUGUGAUUCGUCCCGUGGAAUACUUUUUGGAGCGCUUAGCCUUCUUUCGCGAGUUUUAUGUUCAUGUGGGCGCUGUGGUGGACACCGAUGACUUCGUUAUAUUUCAAACCUUCCUCGACGUUUUUGGCACCUGGAACAACGAGACCUUCUUCGACACCCGACGCAUAAUGAAAAUGUUGACCCCUUCCUGUGAGGGAUUCGUGCUGAAGUGUAGCCUGGCCAACGUGGAGAUCCCCUGCUUCAGCAAGGACGCCUUUCAGGAGAGCCUCACCAUGUACGGACCCUGUUGCACCUUUAACAUGGAGAACAAGUUAAAAAAACGUCACUUCAAGAAUCGCCUGGCCAGCUCGGAACUAGGACUCACGGUCGUCCUGAAUGACAGCCACGCGGAUUACUUUGCCCCCAUCCUGAACACAAAUGGAUAUAUUGUCCUGGUCCACAAUGCCGAGAAUUAUGCCUCGGUUAGCUCCUCGAAUGCACUGGAGAUGUUUCCGGGUCAGGGCGAGGACAGCUACCUAUCGGUCUACGCUCGAGUGGUGGACACGGACGACAGCUUGAAAUCCUUUUCCCCAUUUAGUCGUCGCUGCUAUUUCGACUACGAGGCUCAGUAUACAAGCAACGAGCACGCGAUGAAGUCCUACACGUACUCCUACAGCUUCCCGAACUGCAUCACCAGGUGCAGGAUCCGAAGCAUCAUGGCCCUGUGCCGCUGUCUGCCAUUCCAGUUGCCCCUGCAGAUGGUGGAGAACCUCGAUGGCGUCGUCUACUGCACUUUGGGGCAUGUUUCCUGCCUCAAUCAGUACAUGUUCAAGUGGCGCAACGUACUGACGGAGAGGCACCUGAUUCCCGGACUGGAGCGGGAAAUCGAGGAGGCUUUGUACUGCCCACAGUGUCUGCCUUCCUGCAGCGAUGUGCAGUACCGGGUGUCGAUGAGUGCCCUGCCCAUCGACAACUAUCUGGCCUCCCUGAAGGUCGAUGAGAACAACCGGACGGAAUUCAGCACGGGUAUCUCUGUGCUGAGGGUAUUCUUCGGCGAUCCAAAUGCCCAGUACUACAUCCGAUUGCUGAACAACGCCUGGUUCGAGGUGUUCAGUACCAUUGGCAACAUAAUGUCCAUCUUCGUGGGCUUCUCCAUGGUGGCUAUUUUUGAGAUUCUCUUCUUUCUGACCAAGUACAUCUACGAGGGCUGCAAUCGGAUGGUGGAGCAGAAUCUAAACGAUCGGAAGGCCAAACAAUUGGAAGCCAAUAAGCUGUACAUAUGUCCGUAG